GUGGAGGUGUGCGUGAAGCAAGAGAGCGUCGCUGACUAUGAGCAAGUGAGAUCCGCCAAUUCCCCAUUAGCGGUACACGUGGAGCGCGUCGACAUCACGGAAUUCGACGGGGACGAGAGUGAAGAGGCCAAUGGCGCGGGGGUGCCACGCUCCGAGGCGCAAAUGUUCGUGCACGUCUUCAAGCUGAGUCAUGAAGCGCCGGCGGAGGAGACUGCAGACGAUGACGAGAAUGUGACGACGUGUCAGCAGACGAUUCUUCCUGCGUGCAGCUUCGACGGACUCUGGGACUCGCUGAUCUUCGACACGGCCGUGAAGAAGAACGUGCUGGACUACGCCAUGACGGCCAUGCUCUUCUCGGAUUCCAAGGUGAACCCGCACAUCAUCUCGUGGAACCGAGUGGUGUUGCUGCAUGGCCCACCCGGAACAGGGAAGACGAGUCUGUGCAAGGCGCUUGCCCACAAACUCAGCGUUCGACUCUCGUCCAGAUACCGGAACGCGGUUCUCCUGGAGAUUAAUGCGCACAGCUUGUUCAGCAAGUGGUUUUCAGAGAGCGGAAAGCUGGUGAUGAAGCUCUUCAGGCAGAUCCAGGAGCUGGUGGAGGACGAGGAAUCGCUCAUCUGCGUGCUGAUAGACGAGGUAGAAUCGCUGACGGCAGCUCGAAAAUCCGCUGUGAGCGGAUCGGAGCCAUCGGACGCUAUUCGUGUCGUCAACGCUCUACUGACGCAGCUGGACUCGCUGAAGCGCCACUCAAACGUGCUGAUCCUCACUACGUCAAAUAUUACUGAGGCUAUCGAUGUGGCAUUCGUUGACCGAGCUGAUAUCAAGCAGUACGUAGUGCUGUAA